UCCAGGAGCGCCGUGGGAAUGCGCCGCCCGGGAGGGAGCCAGGCGGCCAUGGGGCAGCCCCCCAGCCCGGGCAGCAGCAGCAGCAGCGCCGGCCAGGAGACCCUGCGGAAUUUAUUCCUUUUCCUGCUCUUCCUGGGACCUUUCAACUGUUUUGCGAGCUACAGCCGUGCCACUGAACUCUUUUACAGCAUUAAUGAAGGGCUGCCCACCGGCGUCCUCAUUGGGAACGUGGCCCAGGAUUUACAACAUCAGGGGGUAGUAGAGGAAGAGGCAGGGGUGGAAGGGAAACAGCAGCUGCCCCUGCAGUGGGAGAAAACCCCUCUCUCCUUCUGCCUGGCCUCCCAGGGACUGGGCAGUUCAUACGUAAACCUGGACAAUCGGACGGGAGAGCUGCGCACCUCUACCCGGGAAAUUGACCGGGAGGAACUGUGUACAGAGGAUAACGUGGGAUCUUCCGUGGUCGCCUCGUCAUCCUCCUCUGCAGUACUGUCUUCUGAGUCAUGCUUGCACUGCACCACUUGCUGGAUGAAAUGCUGGAGUGUUGCCGCAUGGAAUAUUUCCUCGGUCUGGCUCCAAAGGUGUGAAGAUCGCUUGCAUCCACAUGAUGUCGUCCCAACGACAACAGCACCGCAGGCUUCCCCACCCACCUGGCAGAUACGCCUCUUUGUGCCUGAGAAUUCACCCAUCAAUACCCGCUUUGCCAUAGAGCAUCCGGCUGUGGACCCGGACAUGGGGACUAAUGGAGUCCAGACCUACCAUUUGCAAGAGAACUAUGGGGUUUUUACGUUGGAUGUAGAGGAGAAUGAAAAUGGGGAAAGGACGCCGUACCUGAUCGUCAUGGGCGCUUUGGACAGGGAAACUAGGGAUGAGUAUGUGACCCUCAUAAGUGCAGAGGACGGGGGAGUCCCCCCGCUAGUGGGCAGUGCCACCCUCACGAUUGGUAUCAGUGACAUCAAUGACAAUUGUCCCCAGUUCAAUGAGACUCAACUGAACGUCACUGUGUUUGGGAACUCAAGCCUUGGUUUGUACAUAGCCUCUGUCCAUGCUACAGAUGCAGACCAGGGAAUCAAUGCAGAGAUUACCUACUCCUACAGCCAGAAGGUGCCACAACCGUCCCGGGCUUUGUUUCACCUCGACGAAAGCACAGGAACCAUCACGCUCGCCAAGAGGAUUGACGGGGAUAUGCCUCGUCUUCACAGGUUGAGCGUCUUGGCCAACAGUCCCGGUUGCAUCCCGGCUGUGAUCACUGUUGUCGUGUCCAUUGUGAAAGUCAUGCUGAGACCGCCUGAAAUAAUCCCUCGGUUCAUCGCAAAUGAAGCCGAGGGUGUGGUUUAUCUGAGAGAGCUGGAACCGGUUCACACACCCAUUGCGUUUUUUACCAUAAAAGACCCGGAUGAGAAAUACAAAGUCAAUUGCUACUUGGAAGGGGACGGCCCAUUCAGACUGUCACCGUACAAACCUUACCAUAACGAAUACUUGCUGGAAACUACAAAGCCUUUGGAUUUUGAGACUCAGCGGUACUAUGACGUAUCAGUGGUUGCAUGGAAUUCAGAAGGAUUCCACGUCACCAAAAUAAUGAAGGUGCACAUUCUCGAUGAUAAUGACAACACACCCGUGUUCUCCCAACCCCUGGUAGAAUUAACUAUUGAGGAAAAUAAUGCUCCGAAUGCUUUUUUGACCAAGCUCCACGCAACAGAUGCUGAUAGCGGAGAAAGAGGACAAAUCUUUUAUUUCCUAGGGCCUGAGGCCCCUUCGUAUUUCUCUCUAGAUAAAACCACUGGAGUCCUUACAGUUUCCACCCAACUGGAUAGAGAAGAAAGAGAAAAAUACCGCUAUACCGUCAGGGCGGUAGAUUGUGGAAUGCCUCCCCGAGAAUCAGUUGCCACCGUGACCAUCUUAGUAUUGGAUAAAAAUGAUAACAGCCCGAGAUUUAUUAACAAGGAUUUCAGUUUUUUUGUGCCAGAGAACUUCCCGGGCUUUGGCGAAAUUGGAGUUAUAAGUGUCACAGACGCAGAUAUAGGGCAAAACGGAUGGGUUGCCCUUUCUGUCGUGAAUAGCAGCGACAUCUUUGUUAUUGACACGGGCAAAGGAGUGUUGAGGGCUAAGGUCUCUCUGGACAGGGAACAGCAGAGUUCGUACACCUUGUGGGUUGAAGCAGUGGAUGGGGGUGACCCUCCUUUGUCCUCCGUGGCAAAAAUCACCAUCCUUCUGCUUGAUAUAAACGACAACCCACCAUUGGUCCUGUUCCCUCAGUCAAAUAUGUCUUACCUCCUAGUGCUCCCCUCUACACUGCCUGGCUCUCCAAUCACGGAAGUCUAUGCUGUAGAUAACGACACCGGCAUGAAUGCAGUCAUAGCGUACAGUAUCAUAGGGAGAAGAGGCCCUCGGCCAGACUCCUUCAAAAUUGAUGCCAAGUCGGGCAAUAUUACUCUGGAGGAGUCACUAAUGCAGAAUGAUUAUGGCCUCUAUCGACUUCUGGUGAAAGUUAGCGAUCACGGUUACCCGGAACCGCUCCAUUCCACUGUCAUGGUGAACCUCUUUGUCAACGACACAAUGAGUAAUGAGAGCUACAUUGAAAGUCUGCUAAAAAAGGAGCCAGAUAUAAAUAUUGAAGAAAAAGAGCCACAGAUUUCAAUAGAGCCUACACACGCGAAAGAAGAAACAGCAUCUUGCAUGCCAACCUUAGUGGCACUAUCUGUAAUAAGCCUGGGCUCAAUCACUCUGGUGACUGGGAUGGGUAUUUACAUCUGCCUAAGGAAAGGAAAGAAAUAUUACCGAGGAGAUGAAAACUUGGAGGUACAAAUCCCAUUAAAUGGGAGACUCGGCCUGCAUAUGCUCGAGAAGAAACCAGUGGAGAUCUCUAACAUCUGAUAGUUUCACGGAAGACAGUCUCAAUCCAAAUCUAGACAGUUUUGAACAAUGUUGACCUUCCCAAAUGGGGGGAGAAUUGUUGGCUGCAGCUACAAUGAAGGACCAAUAAUUUAUUACAUAUUAUAAAUUGUACAUAACUGUUUACAGGUUUUUUUAAAGGAAAAAAAAUCAAAUUCAUUGUACAGGCUUUUUUAAAAAGAAUGAAAUCUUAGUGCUAACAGCUAUUAACCUUGUCUGAGAAGACAUGGCUAUCCCGAGAGCCGUCCGUAAACCAAGUCAGGGUUUGUGAAGCGGCAGGUAAGAUGGGUGACGCAUUCGUUCUCUUCUUCAUUCCUAUAAGUCAUUUUCAACCACAAGAGGGCACCAGUCAUUCCUGUAAAUAAGACCAUUUGAGAGAGAAAAUGAAAAGUCUAUUUUAAAAUGUAUUGGGUUUUUUUUUCCCUAAAGGAUAAAAGAUAAUAAAGUAUGGGUUUGAGGUAUAUUGAACGUUAUGUUCUAUUGUAUAUAUGCGAAGAUGACAACAAGAAAAUAUGCACUGGUAAAUCAAAAGAGAAUGUUUUCUUACCUCAGAUUUUUUUUUAAAAAAAAUAGGAAUAGCAUUAAGAAGUGCAAUUUCUUGAGGGCAUGCACUAACCCCUUGUGUGAUUAUGAAGGGAACCAAGAUGGUCAUUUUUCCCAUUGAACAUGGACAGUAAACAGACUUCAUCCACUGUUAUCAAAUACUGUGGCAUUUCAAAAAAGGAAUAUGUAUGAGGAGACCCAUGUAUGCAUGGCACGGGGGGAGGGGAGGGUGGUAUUCUCAAUUAUUUUUUUCAUCCAUCAUGGAAUGGCAUCUCUGUAAGGUCCCACCAAACUUUGGGGGUAACUUUGACAAAGGGGAAGUGUCUGACCUUUUGCCAUUGAUCCUCCAAAGCAAAAGCCCAAUUCUUCAAAAUACAUCCAUUGAGGUUCCAUUGAAUCCAGAGGGAUUUUUGUUCCUAUUGCAAAGAAUGACAGUUGAAAAACAGCACAACCCUUCUGAAUGCUCACGCCAUAAAUUAAUGAAUCUGAGACCUUCUUUUCCCCAAAGAUCAGAUGUUGUCAGAGAUGACCACGGUAUCAUUUUUUUGGUAUGAGUGUGGCCAAGAGAUCUAGCAGCAUCUAAUAGCACCUCUGGAUUGGGGCCUGCCAUGAAUGUCUUUUCAUAAUGCAGCUGCAUACCUACCUACCCAUUCCCCACCUUGAACAAGUACUUUUGAUUUGGUAGUCCCAGAACCAUUUGUGAUACUUUGUACUUUUGGCAAUAUUUGUGGGAUUCUUUUUUUUGGGGGGGGGGGGAGGGAAUUGUUCUUAAUAUGAUGGUUCUGAAUCAGGUCAUUUAGACAAAAACAAAAAAAUUGCUUCUCAUUCUCAGUUAUCUGGAAAUUCAUUUUUAUUUGUUGAUUAUUGCUACUCUCUGGGUGGGUGUUUUUUGCGAAGUGCAAGCAUUUUUAAAAACUCUUUUGGCCCUCUUCAUAAACUUUCUUCUUUUGGAUCCAGAGUUUUCCUUUUUAUUUAUUUUGAAAAUGUAUAUGCUGCCUCUCUAGAGAUGUACUUGGAGACUCCCUAGAAUUUUUUUACACCUGUCUGCCUCUGCAGGUGAAACGUAGAGACUUCUUAUCAGCAAUGCACACCUUUAACAUUCAUUAAAAGAUCUCAAAAAACAUGUCAGAUGCCUUCGUCAAAGCGCAUCUUGUAAAACAAGGCAAAUUAGUGUUAAGUUUAAACUGGACACUUUCUCGAGUUCUGACAAUAUGUCUGUACUGUACCAAAAGUGUUUAUAUGUCUGCAAAUAAAAAUUCUAUAUUUUCAUAA